UGUCACCCUGCGGCGUAGGAGACGUCUCGAUCAGCACGCAAACACUCUGCCCAAGGAACCCCCUGCGUUGACGCAAAGCAGACGGCCACCCAUCCUCUCCCGGCACCUCGUCCAGUCGAAUAGAGAAACGCUGAUACUACCAUGCACGGAGCUCUAGCAACCCUCGGUUUGGUUGUUGCCAUGAUGGCAUCAGUCUCGAACGCGUUCGUAGUCCCUGGGCCCUCCCAGGUCGUCUCUGGGCGAUCUACACGGGCCUCCACAUCCCAGGUGAUUGUGAUGGGCAGGGGCGACACGCGCACAACGAAGGGCAAGCGCAUGAGGCACUCGUACGGGAAGUGCCGUCCCCAGAAGCAAAAGGAGGUGGUCUACUUCGAGGGCGAGAUCGUGAAGAAGGCGGCCCCCGUUGCGAGGAGGUGGGAGAACAUCGAGUACGACGAGGCCUCCAUGCCCAAGCCGGCCCCCGUCGAAGCAGCCGCCGAAGAGGUGACGGAGGCGGAGGAAGCCGAUUCGGCUGUCGAAGAGGCUUCGGCACCCGACGGAGACGCGGAGGAGGCGGUCGCUGAGGAGGAAGCCGCACCGGCUGCCGAGUAGGCUGCCGUGGGGCAGACAUGAUUGCUACUGAUAGUUUGAUUGUACGGUUUCGAGGAUGUGGCGGAGGAGGAGGGGUGAGUUGGAUACACAGCAGCAGCCCUGAUGCGUUAGGUCGGCGAGUCGAAGGUGUCCCGCGUUGUGGAAACAGUACCCGGCGUUCACUUGUUGGGGUGUCGAGUUGUGAUGAAGAAGUACCUAUGGACGGCGAUAGACGAGAAGGAAGGGGCGAACAUCCACCUGCGCAUGGAGGAAGGAAUUACUCCCCGUGCGAUAAUUUCGUCUUCCGCCGUGACAGAAUUGUUGUCAUCCCUGCGUAUGGUCUUUGUUGGUGAUUAGGUGACGUAGAAUACCGGAUCCUAUAUUUAGUGGCGUCUGUCAGCAGGGUCUUGUAUGUCGAAGGCGGGAAUGUAGCGUGCCACCUGCAGGAGGGUUCGUGUAGAUGCGAGCCUCAAAAGAACCGUCUCGAACGGUAUUAAUGCGUUUUUCUCCUUAAGCUUACGGAGAAAGCGCGGUGCGUGUUGCGUCGAUUGUAGACCAUCGCGACACAAUUUUUGGAGAGAAAUAGUUGUCCGAACCGGGGUGCAUGUAACAGUUUUUCACGUGGUCUAUCCAAGAUGAAACCAAAACACCGUCACCAUCACGCUUGAAGACAUGGUAUGGUAUGGAAUAUGGUCCGUUGCAGCAUGCCCCGGUAGUUGUCCGGCCUUUAAAGUAUUUCCGACGAACCUG